CCUCAAGGAAGGCCAAAACAUCCUCAAAUGAAGUGGUACUUUCUAGUUUUCCCAAAUUAUGUUCUAGGAUUAAAAAAAAUCUAAUUAGUACUAUCCAAACAAAAGGCUUAACUUGAAUGGUGAAUCCGGAACUUUGUUGCUUAGCUGCGGACCUAUUUAGCUAAAGGACCACGAGGCUAGCGAGUUAAGCUAGGCAUCCGCCCGCGUGCUAAAUAACUAGUCGUCGUUUCGUCCCUCCUUAACUUGAUUAAAUAGCAAGAAAAUGUUUGCCUGAAUCUCGAGAAAAGCGAACUUUUGAUCAAAUUUUUCCUAGACGGAAGACUGCUGAUUGACAUCAUGAAGACGAAAGUUUCUCCGAGCGGCGAGUCGUCGUCGGACUACUGUGUGGGUCAGGUGUCGGGAAGUCUGACCCAAAGCAGUGGUGCGGCUUCCGCCUCGCUUUCGGCGCUGUUCGCCGGCGCUGGUGCCGCACCGGCAGCGGGAGUCCUCUUUAAACCAGCUCCGCUGGUUGUGCAGUUCGUCGAGGGGUCAGACGCAGCCAAGGUGGAAGACACCAAAAGCAAGAAAAAGCCUAAAGUAAAAACGGAAGCUGAGCUGAAGCUGGAGAGCAGGGAGGCGAGCCUUCGGAACGCCGACGAGGCCGAGCGAGCGCCCGUCCGGCGGAAGCGGGCCGCGCAAGAAGUGGAGACGGAGGCCGAGCACUGGGCGCUCAAGCGCCAGCGGCAGCGCGAGGACAAGAAGAAAGAGCGAGAGAAGGACGGCAGGACGGCCUUUGUGGGAAAUCUGCCCGGCGACUGCACCAAAAAGACGCUGCUCAAGCUCUUCCGGGCCGACGGCGCCGUGGAGUCCGUCCGCUUCCGCUCCAUGGUGCGAGAGGAUCCGGGCGUGCCUCGGAGAGUCGCCGCCAUCAAGCGCCAGGCUCACCCGUCCGCAGGUCGGGUCAACGCCUACGUAGUUUUCAAGGAGCCAGAAGGGGUCACCAAAGCGCUGCGCAGGAACGGCGUGGAGAUCCAGAAAGAUUUCUUCAUCCGCGUGGACCGAGUGAGCAGCAAGGCGGAGCAAAACCACGACCACAAGCGCUCCAUCUUCGUGGGGAACCUCAGCUUCGAGCUGCAGGAGUUACCGUUGCGCCGCCAUUUUGAAGAAUGCGGCGCGGUGGAGGCGGUCCGACUAGUGCGGGACAACAACACGGGACUGGGGAAAGGCUUCGGUUACAUCCUCUUUAAGAGUCCGGACUCGGUCCAACUGGCGCUGAAGCUGGACGGUUCCAAACUGGAGGGUCGCGCCAUCCGGGUGAAAAGGUCCACCAAGAUAGAGCGCCGCGCUGCCCCGGCGGUGAAGAAGGGUCCCAAGGUCAAAGGUCGAGGACGCGACAGCUUCAAAGGCGUGAUGGCCGACCCCAGGAAAAAAAACAAAAAGAAAACCGGCAAGAAAAAGCUCAAAAAGGGCAGGAAAUCACUUUCUCAAUAAAAACUUGUAUUUGUUAAAUGUCCAAUCAUUAGUUGAAAUGACUUCU